AUGGAUUUUUUAAAGAGAAUUGGCAGUGAAAGCUUUUUUGUCGACAGUAUUACUCACAACAGUUUUAUAUUAUUUGUUGUUCUGCGGGAAUAUAUCUCUUCAUUAUUGGUAUCAGAUAAUUCUGUGGAUAGAACACAUUGUAUAAGCUCAGAAGAAAAGAUUAACUUGUAUAUGUUGAUGUACAAUAUGUUAAAGGAAAACUUUAGUAAUCCAUUCGAUAUAUUAAAGAGUAAUUCUGACGGCCAACCAUGUAUCUCAGCAUAUUUGAAACCGUUAGUCCAGGGUCGCAUUGAAAGACUACGUGAUUAUUCUGAAGCUGUCGCGUAUACAAGUUUAUCUACAUUCAAAAAUGUCAUCUUUGCAAAAAAUCGAAAUGAUGGUAAUAACGCUGAUAAUGAUGAUGAAGAAGAAGAGAUCGAUGUUGACAUGGAUAAUGACGAUACAAAUAUCCGUAAAAAGUUUCUUUCAACGAAAGACAGUGUUUUUGGUUUAUUUUUAAGAAAAUUCUCCCUUGGAUUUUCUUCUCAAAGUUUUGAAAAAAUGAUACGAUUUUUGGAUUCAUUUUAUGAAGUUUAUGAUAAUGAGAUAACUAAGCAUUUUACAAGCAGUUACAUGAAUGAUAGUACAAAACAUACAUUAAUGGAACAUUCUUCUGCUUGUAGUGACUCUAUUGUAAAUAAUUCAUUUAAAAGAGACCAAUUUCAAACAUUUACUCGAAAUAAAGCUUCAAGUAUAUGUGCAGAAAUUAUUGAAUCAGUUGGAAAAAUUGGUGGACGUCCAAAUGUUAAUCUUCAUAAAUAUAAUGAACUUUUAUCAUUGGCAGAUGAAAUGUAUCCUGAGCUACCGUCUGUACACUAUGCAUCACAUGUCUACGCAUUGCAUAAACGUAAUUUUAUAGAAGCUGAGAAUGAAUUACAUGCAUAUAUUGAAACAUGUAUGGCAUCUUCAGAAGAUCCAGAAGCGGCGUUAUUAGGUGGCCAGCAGUUAACAUCAGCACCACCAGUACCACCAAUCUCAUUGUCGUCAUUAACAACAUCGGCAGGAACGACAGGUACGACUGGCACUACCACCACCACAACGACAACAACAGCCAUCGCAACAUCAUCAACAGUAAAUUCAGCUGUUAGUUCACGUAGUACUUGUGCAAAUUUGGCGGUAAUUGGUGCUGGAAUGCAUUUAAAUUUUGGUCAUUUGUAUAGUGGAAAGUGUUUGAUUAAGGAGGCUCUUCAAAAAUCUUUAGAAAGUGAAUCUAAAGAUUCUUUACGUCAUGUUAAAGUCACACAUUCAUUGUUGAAUUCAAACACUGAACCAUUCAGAUAUGAUGAUCAACUUCCUUCGAAAACUACAUUCAAAUUGAAUGAUGUUUCACUAACAGAAUUUCGUACAAAAUUUUGGAGUGCAUUAGACUCAGGCGCUGAACCAUAUGAACAACUGAUUACCUACUUCAAUUCACCAAGUGCAAUAUCUCAAGCUUAUUUUGCUUUGUGCUUGUUAGAUUUAGCAACAAUGUGGCACUUCUAUGGUUAUCCAAAUAUGGCUACUGUAUUAAUGCAGUGUAUUGUCAAUGCGGAUUGUCUAGAACCUUGUCCUAAUUCUGAUAAUGUUUUGGUGACUGCUUUUGCAAAUAUUAUUAAAGAGUUUAAUUCUGUGGGAUUAAUUGAAACAGCCUUGAAAUUGUCUAAACUAUGUCGAUCUGCACUAUGUCGUUUCCCUGGUCAAUCACCUUUAUUACAAGCUUGUAUCGAAGUGGAAUUGGAACAGAAUUUAAGAUCGGGUUAUGAUUUAGCUCAAUGUGAUCGGUUAGUCAAUUCAUUAAGACUGUAUUGUCCAUGGGAAGCUGCUCUACGGCAAGCUGAAGUUGAACAGAAACGUGAUAAUGUCUCAUAUACACAUGAUAUAUUACGUCAUAUAAUUGACAGUAUAGUUGAAAGACGCCAAUAUGAUGGUGGUAUGUUGAAACAACAAUUGACUACAACUAAUACUACUGACAACACCGCUGGAAAGUUAUUAUAUUCAAUAGAUUUAUCCACUCAUAGAACACCAUUUAAACAUUUAACUUUACCAACAUUUCCUGAGCAUACACCUGUUGGUGGUUUGUGUAAAUUAAUCAAUAUUGAAUUACGUGCACAUUUAUCCCUGAUUGAACUAUUGAUCACAUUGAAACUGUACAGCUAUGCAAUGAGUGAAAUUGAUGCAACUAUAAAAUUGUGUAAACAGUAUAAAUUAGACUUAGGCCUAGAUAUAAUUAAGCUAUUUCAGUGUGCUACACACAUGUCAGCGCAUAAUGAAAUACCUGUGAGUCUUUCUACUUCUUCUGUCACCUCUGCUGGAGACAAUGAAGAAACCAGUGGUCCUUACAACAAAAUCUUCACUUCAACCAAACAGCAGCAAAUAAACAAAUUGAAAUUACAUAAAACAACACCAAAUGUCAUGUUAGAAUUGAAUACCAGUUUAGAGGAGAUAUUACAUCGUACGGAUCGAUUGACAAAAAUUCGUAGUCAAGAAAACAGUCAAUCAUCAUUCAUUCAAAUGCAUUUGGCAGAAUUACUCAAAGCGUUGAAUUUCUAUCGUCAAGUCGAUGACAGGAAACGUGUACUUGACAUCUUAGUACUAAUGGCAACAGCAUUGAAUUCAAUGAAUGAAUAUGCUAAGCGUAAUGAAGUUUCAAAGUCAUUCCAUAUAUUACGUGAACAUUUUGGGCUUAACAGUACACCAUCUAAUCGUUUUACUGUUGAUAUUUUGUAA